GAAAAUCAUAAGUAGCAACGAAGGCAAAAAAUUCCCCGGUAAUAAAUCAGCUAAAAACAAAAAAAUGGAAGAAGUAAUUGCUUGGAUAAAAGAAAUCAAUUCUCGCUUACAAAAAGAAGACCCAUUGGGAAAUAAAAUAUUAUUAAGUUAUUCCCGCUUAGGUAGAGAAGCUAAAAGAUUGCGAAAGAUUAAGCAACUUAAAGAGAACAAAGAACACCCAAAGUCAAACUAA